AUGAAGCUCGAUUACGUCUUGGCAUUGAAGACCGAGGAUUUUAUGGAGCGACGUUUGCAGACAUGUGUAUACAAGCUUGGUCUCGCAAAGUCUAUACAUCACGCACGUGUACUUAUCCGACAAAGACACAUCCGGGUAGGCAAGCAAAUUGUCAAUGUUCCGUCCUUUGUUGUCAGGCUUGACUCCCAGAAACACAUCGAUUUUGCGCUAAGUUCACCAUUCGGGGGUGGUCGUCCUGGUCGUGUCCGAAGGAAGAAGGCCGCUGCUGCAUCAAAGAAGGACGGCGGUGACGCAGAGGAGGAAGAUGAAGAAUAA